AUGGGCGCAGCAAUCUUUAUGGGUCUGCUCCUGGGACGCUGGGGGACGGUUCUUCACAAAGAGAGCACGGGCUGCGGGGAUGGGUUUCUGUCCGUCGGAGGCGGCAGCCAGCCGUACGGAGCCCGGCGGGGGCACGGGGGGGCUCCGCCAGCCCGGAAGAUCAAGUUGCUUAUGCUGGGCGACUCCGGGGUGGGCAAGAGCAGCCUCAUGGACCGCUUCAUGGAGGACUACUUCAGUAUCACCAAGGUGCAAACACUGGGGGUGGACUUCAAGCUGAAGACGAUCGUCCUCAACGACGAGGAGGUGGACUUGCAAGUGUGGGACACCGCCGGCCAGCAAAAGUUCCACAAGAUCACGCAGGCGUACUACCGCGGCUCUCACGGCAUCGUGCUGGUGUACGACAUGUCCGACCCCAAGACUCUCGACAACACGGCGUACUGGAUGAGGAGCAUCCGAGACACCGCCGGCAGCAACAGAGUGCAGAUUUGCCUCGUUGGGAACAAGGUGGACUUGCGGGAAGAGGUUGGGCUGGAGGGGCAGCAGCAGGACCUCGCCGGCAUGGUGGAGACGAGCACCGGUCGGAAGGUAGCGGAGGAGUUCGGAGCGGAGUACUUCGAGUGCAGCGCCAAGACGGGGUGCAUGGUGGAAGAGGCGUUUAUCGCCACGGCUACCAAGGCGUAUGAAGCGCACUUGGUGAAGCCGUCGACGCCGUCCACCAGGAUCCGGAGACGCCUGGGCCGAAAGAAGCACCGCCGAACGGCCUCGCAGGGGUCGGACAGAGACCGCCCCCCCCGCAGCGACGCCUCCGGCCCCGCCGCCGCCACCGCCGCCGCCGCCACCUUCUCGCCGUCCUUUGCCUCUGUACCCGGGGUGGUGGAGAGCGGCGCCGAGAGGCCGCCGCCGCCCGACAGCCCCGCUGCUCGGAUGCGGGCCUGCGCUUCUGAAGUCAGCGAGACCGGCACCGCUGUGGGCGCAGCGGGCCAAGCGUCGGUGAUGGCUUCAUCCUCGUCUCACUCGCACAAUGUCUCCGCUGGAGGGACGGGGCAGCAGCAGCAGCAGCAGCAGCAGCGAUUCAUGUCCUCUUCCUCCUACGGGGGGGUGGCCACCACCCCGUACUCCGCUCCGUGCUCUCCCCCGUCCCCGGCUCCUUGCGGCCGACCACGGGCGUCCGCGGCGGUGACUACCCCUCCUCAAGGCGGCGGCGGCGGCGGGAGUCAAAGCCCUCGCCAGGAGCAGCCGGAGCCACCGCAGCAGCCGAUGAUGCCCUCGGCUGACGUGAAGGAUGAGCAGCAGCAGCAACAGCAGCAGCAGCAGCACGAGAUUGGGGAGCUAGUUCCCCCGCUUUCUGCGCUCUCGCCCAAGACGGCGGCCGCCGCGUUGGGCAUGGCGGGGGGCAAGGGGGCCCCGUCGGGUGCGGCUGGCGAAGACAGCCCUACCGGUACGGGGACGAUGUCGCCUCUCCCCGGACACCAGCGGUCCAUCGGCAGGUCGUCCUCACUUGGCGACAUGGAGAGCUAUUUCGGCACGUCCUUGGGGUCCCCCAAUGGCAGCGACAUCGACAGCAGCGCGGACGGUGGCGGCGGCGGAUCGAGCGGAGUUCCCAGGCGCCGCGCGGACACCGGCGGCUUGUUCGGCCUUUUCAGCGGCGGCGGCGGCGGCGGCGGUAAGGAUGUUCGCGAGCGGGGAGGAGGCUUUAGCUGCUGCUCUCCCAAGCAGGACGCGGGGGCGGGGGCCUGUGAACAUCCUUACCGCCGUCGCGUGGACGGGUCUGGCUCCCUAGCGGUCGCCGAGAUCAUAGCGAGGCAGCGGCAGAGGUCGCCCCGCCCUACCGCCGGCCCCGGGCCUUGGGGGGACGACCCUCCGCCACCGGCGGUCUCGCGAAUGAAGGGGAAGAAGCCUCCCCGGGUGCCGAGGAUGAAGCGCAUGUCGAGCUCGGAUUUGGCGGACGGGGUCGGGGUCGGGGGAGCAAGGGGCAAGGCGGGCAAAAACGUCUGCAAGGUCUCGUAG